CGAAUGGACGUUUUAUGACCUGUUAGGCGGAGCUCUCGUUAUCAAAUAAUACAACUGAAAAGAUAGUUCUAUGGUACAAAUAGGAUUGUAACAUUUCAGACUUCCCUUGCGUCAUCAGUGGCGACAGAGUUCUCUUGAUUGACCCUCAACAGUCUACAGAGAAGGUAAAUGCUACCCUUGAUCUUUGUGCUCUAGAAGAUUAUAGUGAAGAAGGACUAGAUGCGGAAGCGUUUUGGAAUGCCUUAGAGAAUACGUUUGGCCUGUGUAAAAGUACGUUGAGAGAAGAUGGUUUUCAAGGAACUCUGUUUUGGUUCCCGCUUCGUGAAAAGACUUCCGAACUAUCAGAAACACUGUACAAUGAGACAAAGGUAAACAAUUUAUUUGACUCCUUUAAACUGGAAGCUUCAAAUAUUUUGCUUUUUCUGAAGAAUGUUGAACAAAUAUCAUUGCAUUUCCGAGACACUGAAACAGCAGUAGAAGAAAAACUUAAAACCGAAAUAGAAGACCGGGAUGGUACAGUAAGACAAACCCGGCUUGCGUUUAAAAAACAUAUAGAGGACGUGAAUUCAACCCCUGAAAGCGCUGAUGUACAUUUAACUUUGCAAAUGGUUAUACAUACGGCAUCUGAAGACACAGUUAAAAGUCAAGAAUGGCUGGUUGUUAACUACUUUAUAAGAGAAAGUGCAUCGGAAGGCUUCAGAGAUUUGAUACAAGACAGAAACCUAGGAUACAGCCCAUAUGUUGGAGUAGCGACCCCGCUGCAUGGAAUGUCAGAAGAAUUUGAGGGACAUGUGUUUUGUUUUCUGCCAUUGCCGAGAGAAGGUGAAAGAUUGACAGGGUUACCAGUGCACGUGAAUGGAUUCUUCGCGCUUAGCCAGAAUAGGCACCAUAUGAAGUGGGAGACCGAAGAACAGGAAGGAAAGCAAAUAGAUGACAAGUCUAUUUUGUGGAACAAAGCUUUAAUUGAAGAAGCUCUUCCGAAAGCCUAUGAAAUGUUAGUAUUAGAAGCUAUCAAAAUUGCAGAGAAGAAUUUAAACGAAGAAGCGUUUGUAACAGCCGUAUACAACACGAUGCCUGUAUGCCAAAACUCAACAAGAAAAACGCACAAAAGGUGGAUGGUGCUCGAAAAUAAACUUUAUGAAAAGCUCGAAAAUAGAAAUAUAGUUUAUGCGGCGCAGACAAACGAGUGGAUUGUAUUAAACAAAGCAAUCUUUUCAAUGUUUAGGACAUUGCCCGGGAAUGAAAUUGGUACUUCAAUGCAGGAGGCCAUCACUAAAUGCUUGCACAAAAUUGGCCUUAAAUACGCCAAAGUGCCAAACUCAUUGUUUGACACAAUGCAGAUGCAUUUUCCAUACAUAAGGGACCUAACUCCGUCGUCCUUAGUGGUUCAUUUACAGGAACGAAACCAGUACAGAGAAAUGACCUGUGAAGACAAAACACAUAUUUUGGCCUAUUUGCUACUAGAGGAAGCCAAUUCAGUAAAUAUUAGAAACCUAGAGCUUUUACCAUUGGCCUCUAACCGUUGGACUGUAUUCAAUAAAACAAGUGAUCCCGUAUACCUGUGUACAGAUGAAGCUGUGAAGAUGUUUCCGCGCUUGGAGGACAAACUUGUGAUGGAAUCAAGAAAGCUUGGAGUGCCACUGUCGGAGAACAUUGAAAGCAUAUGCAAAUCAGAGACAUACCAGAUACAGAGGCUGAACGUUGAGUGUGCAAAGACUCUGCUGAAGCAAACAAUAGUUAACCACAUUGGAUCCGAUACGAAUGUUCGUUUGACCAGGAAUUCAAGCCUGACAGGUCAAUGGUUAGAAAACGUUUGGCAUGUGCUCAUAGACAAAAAUAUGGUAAAGUAUUUCAAAGAUAUUCCUCUAGUUCCUAUAUUGAUGCAAGGAAGCUGGAUUGAUCCACAUAUUAUAGAACUAGUGAGACUUUCAGAGUUCAUUAUUGUAAAGGAAUCAGAAGACUCUGUCCUUGAAGACGGAUUAUGUAACUGUCUACUUGCGAUGAAAGUAAAGGUAUUGCCAAGCCUUCCAGAGUGGAUCCGUUUUGAAUCCAUCCAAGAAUUUGUUUAUCGGCCGACAAAAGAAAGCCUUGCUUCCCUGUUAGGCGCAGUGUACAAAAAGACGGGAGAUAUUGCUGUAUCAGAGUUUAAUAUAGUAAGCCAAGUUAACAGCCAAAUAAGGGAAGCACUGACCCAGUUUGCAUCUACCCUCGCUUACAUAGACAAAGAUGUAGUGAAAUUGCUCCGAAAGCUGAGAUUGUUUAGAGCCGUGCAUACCAUAGACGACAAAGGUCAAUAUACUGCUAUAGCCGAUGUGCCUCGAUAUAUACAUGAGGAUAUAAACUUCCCUCCCGGAGUUGAAUUGCCAUUCAACUGCAUAAAGCUGAGCAGUUCUGACUAUAACAUUAUAAAGCAUCUGGGAGCGGAGAAUAUUUCGACAGAAUCCCUUGUUCUGAGUACCAUCCAAAACUUACUUUUGCAUAAAAAACAUGAUCAGAUCUCAAUGUUCAUGAAAUAUUUUAUGGAAAACUUCAAUUUAUUUGAAGCCAAUACCGCCAUAUGUGAUAAUGCUUCACAUUUACCUUUUUUAAAAGUAGGGACAGAACUUCACAAACCUUCGGAUCUUUUUGAUCCCUCCAGUUCAUCACUACAAAGAUUACUAAUUGGAGAAUCGCUGUUUCCGGAAAACCCAUGUGAAUACAACAACGACGAAAUUCGGACGUUAAUAAGGCUUGGUAUCAAAGGAAAAGACAAAAUAGAUGCUUCUAUUAUGCUACAAGUUGCAAAUACACUUGGUAGUUGGUCCAAAGAUGAUCAAAAAUCCUAUGAUUUGACAAGGAAGGCUGUCGAAUUUCUGGAAAAUUUAGUUCACCAUCCUAACUUGUUAGAUAACUUUUGCAACGGAACAACUACUCUGGGGAAUGCUUUAAUGUCAGUUACCUGUAUCCCAGUCAUACAGAAUUCACCUGUAGAUUACCCUGAAGGUUUGCCGUGGUUUUCAAAGAGAGUGAAGAUUUGUAAACCAGAAGAAGCGAAAGUUGUAGAAUGGAGUCUUUUAGCAGGAGCUACAGUACCAAUGGUUGAUUGUGCUUCAGACAAAAUAGUUCAUAUGUUCAAGUGGAAUGUUGCUCCAAAGAUGGAUAUUGUUUUGCAACAGUUGGCCUUUAUUCGUCAACAUUACAAUGUCCAAAACAAACCAGAUUAUAUGCGUGCAGUCCAGAGAAUAUACAAACACCUGAAUCAAUUUAGAGAUGAAGUUUCUAAAUUUCGGAAUACACUGGAAAACAAUGCAGUGGUAUGGACUGGUUUUGGCUUUGAAUUACCCAGGAAUGUCAUUGUUACAAAACGAGAACAAGAUUUGGAUCUGAAGCCAUACUAUUGUAAUUUACCUGAAGAAAUCCGGGAUAUGGACGACUUGUUUCUGCAUUUAGGAUGUCGUCCUGAAGAAAACAAUGAUAUUUUAUUAAGUGUUUUGCACAGCAUUAAGUUGAAGUAUGAAUCUUCUACUGAAUCAUGCGAAUCUUCUUUGUCGAAAGACUCAAAUAUUGUACUUGAAAUUUUAAAAGUACUUGCCUCAAGACGGAGAGAUGGAAGUCUUGACAUUGAUGAUACAAAACUGCUCAUGUUAGUGGAAAGCCAAUCGUUAGAAAAACUUUCUUUACAAUAUAUUUCGGACUGUAUAUUUGAUGAUGAUCAGGACGAACUUGAUCAAGAGGAACAGAAAAUAUUUUAUAUUGUCAAUGAGGUUGUACCAGUAUCUGUUGCUAGAGAUCUCGGGGUUAAGUCUAUAAAGAGGAAAACAAUUUUAGGGGCGGCUGAAGAGUUCAGCUUUGAAGAAUGGGGACAACAUGAGUCACUUACAACUAGAAUUAAUACGUUGCUCAGAGACGGAUACAAAGAUGGUUUAUCAGUUCCAAAAGAGGUUGUUCAGAAUGCGGAUGAUGCAGGUGCAACUGUCGUAAAAUUUCUUUACGACGAAAGACAUAAUAGUGACGCAAAGAAGAAGGAGAAACUGUUUAGUUCAGAUUUAAGAGAAUGCCAAGGUCCUGCUCUAUGGGUGUAUAAUGAUUCUCAGUUCACAGAACAGGAUCUAGAGAAUAUUACAAAAUUAAACGGUGCGACAAAAGCUGAUUAUCAAGACAAGAUUGGAAAAUUUGGACUGGGAUUUUGUUCUGUCUACAACCUUACGGACGUUCCUAGUUUCAUCUCCGGGAAAGACAUGGUCAUGUUCGACCCACAUGAGACGUAUUUAGAGGAGGCAAGGCAGACACGCGGAACAGGACUGCGGGUCAGAUUAUCAAAACGAAAUUUGAUACGACGGAAUAUUGACCAGUUCAAACCUUACAGUUCUGUUUUUGGUUGUAAUUUAUUGGAACCAAAUUUUACCGACUUCAGUGGUACUUUGUUUAGGCUGCCAUUGCGAACAGAAGAUCAAGCAGUAAAAAGCAAACUUUGUGACGAAGCAUACACGAAAGAAGAAGUGUCGGCUCUCUUAAGUAAAUUUGUAGAAAAUGCUGGAAAUAUACUUUUAUUUACACAGAAUGUGAAGACUUUACAGAUUUAUCACCUUUCGAGAGAUCAAACAGAUCCUUCUAGGGCAAAGCUUCUCUUCAACAUUGACAAACAUAUUGAACAAAACUCCCACGAUGAAACUGCUAGAUAUGCACAGAGCAUCUUGAAACGUAUACCUUCUAUUCUUAAAAAUAACAAGGACUUUACUGAAAUCCAGCACGUUGAAAUUAGUCAACAACUGUUUGAAAGCUCAUUUCUGAAAACUAGAUCUAAAGUGUCAAAUUCAGUAUCAGUUGAAACAAAAUGGAUAGUUUCAUGGGCUCUAGGUAAAAAUGAGUCUCUCAGGCUUUCAAAAAAGAUAUCGGAAAAGGGAGCAGUGCCACUGUCUGCUGUUGCUGUACCAAUGAGAGAUAAAGACAAUACAAUACCUCUGACGCUGGAUGAUGUUCCGAUUGGCUUUUACAACAAAGGACAUUUAUUUUGUUUCCUACCACUUCCAAUCACGACAGAUUUACCAGUACAUGUAAAUGGCUGUUUCAGUGUUACUUCAGACAGAAGAGGUCUUUCAUGCUUAACAGAAGAUGACAAAAAGAAAGGGGAUAAUUAUAUGUGGAACCAGGCGUUAAUGGAAGAUUCCUUAGUUCAAAGUUACGUAGAGCUAUUGAUGUUCCUAUCAACAAGAUGUUCUGACAGUUAUAGCUACCAUUCACUUUGGCCUUUAGUUGGAUCUGAUGAUGUCCAGGUGUUCAAAGGAAGCUUUUACAAAACCCUCAUUUUGGAUAAACCAAAGUUAUUUCGAGGAGCACAAGGCUGGCUUUCGGUGGAUGAAGUUGUCUUUUUAGACCCAGCUAUUCGAUGCAAUGAUAUUAUUGGAGACACAGCUUUUGACCUUGUGUCCUCCAUGCCAAUCAGACCAGGUAAAAAUAUUGUUGAAAUACCACACCAUGUCUUACUAGCAUUGCAAGAUUGUAAAUGUGACAGCAAAACAAUUGUUUCAGAAGCGAUGAUAAAAGAAGAAGAACUGAUAGUACAUUUCUUGACAACAUUAGACUCUGUGUUUUGGCAACACCAGUUAGACGAAAGGAACAAAUUGAUAUUGUACGCGUUAAACAUGGAUAGUAAGAAGGUAUUCACAAAGUUACAGGAGACGAGAUGUAUACCUUCUGAACCAAACAAUGUUCUCUGCAGGCCAAAUGAACUUAUCAAUCCUAAGUCAGAUAUAGCCGAUAUGUUUGAUGUGGUUGACGGGCGAUUUCCGUUAAAGGCAGGCGGAUUCUGUGAGAGCAAAGUGAUUGUACAACUGAUUAACCUUGGUAUGAGUGAUAAGUUUCUUCCAAACGACAUGUUACUACAAAAAUGCAAAUCAGUCGAGGAAUUAUGUACAGUAUGCGGGAGCUGUGCUAAACAAAGAUGUGUCAGAAUUCUCAAAUAUUGUGGAAAAUGGGAAGUGAUAAAAUAUUUAGAAAAAGAUAUUAACACAUUAAACAAGCUAAAACAUAAUCUGUUAUUGCCUGUUCUACCGUAUCCAAGCGGCUGGAAAUUUUCAUGGAAAGGAAACAGUUUAGAAGAACACACAUCAAACGCGAACUGUGGAAAUCAUCAGUACGACGUAGAAACUUGUGUAAGAUUUGAAAAGCCAAUUAACUUGUUCAGGGAAUCGUUUCACAACUGCAUUGGCAGUGUAAGUAGCUUUGUGAAUGAAAAGUAUUUGAAAAAGAAAUAUUCCGUGCCCGAACGUUUGUUUAUAGCACUAGGUGUAAAGAGCGAGCUAACGGUAGAGCUACUUCUGCAGCAGCUGAUACUAUUGUCUGAUGAGUAUGUUAGUUCAGAGCAGCAGUUUAGCAAUUUGGAGGCGAUAUCAAAAUCAGUUUAUGAAAGGCUUGCGCAGCUUACUGGAGAUAAAUCUGAAGAAGAAAUUUCAAAAAUGCAAUGUUUUCUGAACUCAAGAGAGAAAGCGCUUAUAGUUAUCGGUAAAGAACUUGUCAUGCCAUGUAAAGUAGCAUUUAAGGUGAAAACAGAGUGCUCGCCAGAAUUGUAUUGUCUAAGAGAAUUCGACUACAAGAAAAAAAAGGUGUUUAAAGCACUUGGAGUGAAAGACAUGUUUUCUGUUGACUAUCUUCUUUCGGUAUUACUGCGAUUGUACAAGACAUGUUUCCAGCAUAUAUGCACGGAUAUAGACUUGGCCACAAGUUUGCUGCUUAACUUGUGCGAAAGUAUGAAAUUGGAAGGAGUCACUUAUAAUGAUUUGAAAGAAAGUGCAGCAAAUAUUGCUGCACCAGAUUCGGACGGGGUUCUUAGACCAACAAGCGAACUAGUAAUAGAAGAUCCAGCUUACAAGUCAUCUGCUACACUUCACAUCUUGCAUGGAAACAUCCCGCCAGAUACAGGAAGAGCACUAGGUGUUAAGUCGAAACAAAGGAAAAUAGUAGAAUUCUUUUCAAGCGGAUUCUUUGUUCCAUUUGGACAGAACGAGAGUUUAGUAACAAGAUUGACUGGCAUAUUACAAGAUUAUCCAUGUGAUUCAAGUAUCAUGAAAGAAUUAAUUCAGAAUGCUGAUGAUGCGGGAGCAACAGAAAUAUAUUUUAUUAAGAAUUACGCAAAUCAUUCUACAAAGAAGAUAUUUGGAAAGGAGGGACUCCAAGGCCCUUCUCUGUGUAUAUUUAACGAUAGCUAUUUCACUGAAGAAGAUUUUCAUGGCAUCAGAAACCUUGGUAUUGGGAGUAAGCGUGAGGACCCAUUAAAAACUGGUCAAUAUGGCAUUGGAUUCAAUGCUGUGUACCAUUUGACUGACGUACCAUCUUUUCUCACUAAAGGCCCAGGACUAGGAAAAGGUGGUCAGUUGUGUAUAUUUGAUCCCAUGAUGGAGUAUUUGGAGGGUCAUAUAACAAAUGAAAAUCCAGGUAUUAAAUGUGACGCUGAACUUAUGGAAGAAUCGUUUCCAGAUAUGUUACAUGGUUAUCCUGUUAUAUCAAAUAUCGAAACUUCUGGAAAGGGUACUAUAUUCAGACUACCCUUGAGGCAGUCCAGGUCAGAUAUUAGUAACAAUGUUGUUUCAGUUGAAAGAAUGGAUGAACUGAUUGAGACUUUUAAAAAAGAUAUGUUUGAAAGUCUGCUUUUUUUGAAAAGUAUCAAGUGUAUAAAAGUUUUAAACAACACAAACGGGAACAUGAUUGAAGAAUUUUCUGUAGGGACAAAACUUUCAGAGAAAGAUGAUAUCACACGUAAGAAAUACUUUUCCAGCGUCAAGGAAGUGGUUAAAGCCAAUAUUGAUAACCGACAUCUGAACCUUUGCAUGCAGCCAAUAGAAUCAUCGUACAGAAUUGAAAUCGAAGAUACGACAGGCAGGAAAGAGCGAUGGUUGAUUGUAAAUAGGUUUGGAAUUAAAAGGACAGACGAAAAAUAUUCUGCUGUCAUAUCUGCUUUGAAAGGAAAAGACAUUGGUCUUAUGCCAGUAGCAUCUGUAGCUUUACUUUGGCCUAAAGACGACUGGAAGAACUGUUUGGACAGACAAAGCCAUCAGACUCACGGGAAAGAAGACGUCAGAAAAGCGUUCUGUUUUCUCCCUCUUCCUUUACCAACAGGAUUACCACUUCAUGUGAAUGGUCAUUUCGCACUAGAUAAGGCCAGGACCAAGCUGUGGAACGAAGGAAUAAGAAAAAAUUGGAACGAAUUUGUGAUAGAAGAAUUGUUAAGCAGAACAUAUAUAUCAGCUAUACAGUUCUUCAAAAAAGAAUUUGUUUUCCAACAUUUACAUGUGUUAGACAAAAAGAUCAGGUCAGCAGCGUUUGAAAAGUAUCAUGAACAUUUUCCACACUGGGAGAAGGCAACAGACUCAUACUGGAAAUCUCUUGUCGGCAAUUUUUAUCGAAUAGUUAUUGGAGAAGAGUUUGAGAUAUUCCCCUCCAUUCGUGCUGCUAAAGUACAUACCGGUAGUGAUCGACCUACUGGAGAUGUACAAGAAGUUCAACUGGAUUGGGUAUCGCUUUCCAAAUCAGAGAACGAUUUUAGGGGCACGUUCAAUGUAAUUAGGCCUGAAAAGUCAUUUUACAUAGAAUAUGCGAAGUCCGUUGAAACUACAGUUAAGAAAAUGGGUAUGAAAGUAAUUGAAACACCUCUAUGGGUGAGCCAUUCAAUUAGAACGUCUGGCAUUGAAUAUAUUCCAGCGAGCACUCCAGAAUCGGUCAUUAAGUUUAUAAAAACAUUUGCUGACGGCAAUGAGAGUGCCUGUCAGCUUGGAGGAAUAAAUGUUUCUUUGGCAGAAACAGCGAUAUCUGAUCUAACAGCUCUGCAAAGCAUGCUUUGGUAUGUUACAAAAGAUAAGUUAUUCAAAGAGAAAGUCGAAGGUCUGCCUUUGUGUCUUGCUAACAAUGGUCUGCUGCAAAUUUUCUGUAAGCAUACCCCAAAGUUUUGUUCGGAUAUGUGUGAGGUUUUUACAGGAUCAGCUGAUCAGUUUAUACAUUCUCAAUUGGUGCAUCUGGUAGACCUAAAAGGGUACCAUGAAGCAGGGGUAAUAAAAUUCUUCGAAGUGACAGAUUUAGUUUCACACUUAGCUGGAACAUUUGAUCCGAGAAUUUUGGCAACUGGAAGUCACGUGAUGUGGAAUAAGCAGUCUGGUAUUCCUAUAAAACCCGAUAUCCUGAAAAAGAUAUUUCAAUUCAUAUAUAACAAGUCAUUGAAUGUGGAUACAAAACAAAUCAAUCACAAUGUGUUUCAAAGUAACGUUCGAAAGUUGAAUACUUGGUCAUUGAUGCCGUCGUGUUACGGCUAUGGGUCUGAGAGUACAUUUGAGAUUGUGCCUGUUUGCCAAACAUCUCAUCUUUUUCACAAAAGUUAUGGAAACGAUGACCUGUGCAAAAUAAUAGAAAAGUUCAACAUUCCCCACCUCGAUACAUCAGCGUUUCCAGAAAAUGGAAAACACUUGACAUACGCACUACAAAAACUAUUGCCUUCAACUGAACUUCCAGUAGAAUUGCUAGAGUGUUUGUUUUAUUACAAAACAAGAAUUCAGGCAAGUACAUUAACCCGGGAAGAAAGUAUUGCAGUGCUGAGUUACUUUAAUGAUAAAAUAAAUCAGAUGAAGCAAAAACGUAAUGAAACUGAUUUACGGAACAUGCUUAAAAACCUCCCUCUCUAUGUGUCUCAUCAGGGGGGAAUUUUAAGCAUCGAAGGAUAUAGUGACAUCGUGGUAUUGCCGUUUGGAAUCCCUACAGCGGGAAUUCAUGUAUGGGCACAGGCAACCGGCAUAUUACUUCUAAGAGACACGGAAAAACUGCUGAAAUUAUAUCAGUUGUUAAAUCUUCCUAGAAAGACGAACCUGGAAGUAUAUGUUGAGAAAAUCUUACCACAUUUCCAUAACCUUCCAAGGAACACGUGGAUUACGCAUAUCAAGUAUAUGAAGGAGAGACUAUUGAGAACAUCUUUUCACCAGAAACUUGAUGAGAAGCAGUGUUAUCUUGUGGAGCAACUAAAAGGUUUAGCGUUUGUCAAAGUCUUUGAAACAGACAAAAGGGUAAACGAGCUUUAUGAUCAUUAUCAUCCAGUUUUCACAUGUAUGCUGACUGAAGACUGCUUUCUGCCACAAGAAUACAGAGAGUAUUCCUGGACCGAAUUUAUGGAACUUUUGGGACUUAUAAAGGAGCCCACCGACGAAAUGUUGAUACGUUUUGUACAUAGUUUGGAAGCUAAAAUCAAUAACCCUAUUAACGAUGUGACUGUGAAACAGUCUAGGGCACUGAUUGAUUGUCUUUUUAACGGAGAAUGGGCAGAUCAAACCUUGACACGAAUAAAAGGUGUACGAUUUGUUGUACCAUAUAAAGUUGAUUUGGAAAGACUGAAUAUAGCCAGUCAGCCUGGUAAAGGAGAUAUACUUAUUUGCUUGUCUGGGGCAGUAUCGUCCGUACACGCUGAUUAUUGUUGGUCUAGUCUUAAUCUCCUUUUGCGUGUUCCGACUUCAACAGAAAUGUUACAAAGUCUUGGCAUAUAUGAAUAUCCACCUAUCGACACUGUUGUUCAGCAUUGUCAGAACGUGACUGGUAUCUUUAAAAAAGAACUAGAUAAACAAAUACCUGGCGUUCGUCCUUGCUUCGUAAAAAAACAAAUGGAAUUACUUUAUGAAGUGUUACUUAAACACUUCCAUCCUACAAUGCAAAGGAAAUUUCAAGUCACUCCUUUAGUUUUCCAUCCGGAGGAUAAAAAGAUGCUGCAAGUCAAACAAAUUGUUAUCAGCCUUUCAGAAGACGAAGAAGUUAGACCGUUUUUAUACAAACUGCCGAACUGUUUCGGACCGUUCGAGGACUUAUUCGUAAAGCUUGGCUCUCAUGACCGAGUGCUUUGUUCCCAUUACUCAGUGGUUUUAGAGACAAUCAAAGGGCAAUUUGGAAAUGGACCAUUGCCUCCUAAUCAGCUACUGUGUGUCAAAAGAGCUCUUGAAAAUAUUGUUAAGCGCAUAGAACAAGAAUCGAAUCCUCUUCAGGAUGUAAACUCAUUGUAUAUUCCAAAUCGGAAUCAAGUUCUUGUAAGCUCAAAAUCAUUGACUGUUUCAAACAAUGCUGAUGUGGAAGAACGACUGGACGGAAAAAUAGAAAUCCAGUUUUUCUUAGGAUUCAGAGAAAUGGACAUUGCAUUUGUUUCCGACCCGGUAUUGCCAUUUCAAAAGUGUCCAGAAAACUUGAAACCAGAUAUAUUGACAGAGGUGGUCAGGGAACAAGUUUUGAUCAAUGAUAUAGAGCGGAAAGAGUCUCUACUAGCUCAGAGAAUUGAGGUAUCCUUUAGAUCCCCCCUUUUUGUAGAAGGAAUUCUGCGACUUGUAAAACAUCAAAUGAAAUUAAAUGGAAGAAAUUUCAGUCGUGAUAUUGAAAAGUCGUUCAUGCUAAGUCUUACAAAUAUAAGAAUUUCAAAAGUGUCUGGACUCAAAACGUUCCUGACAUAUAAGGGAAAUAAAGUUGAUGGUACUGAUCGAAUUGCCUCUUGCUUCAUUCAGUCACGUGCUGUAAAUCACGACGAUGACGAAACCAAAGAACAUGAGUUAUUUUUUCAAAUGGAUGCGGAACAUGAUCUUUUAAUUCAGUUGAUAGAAGAAGAAAAUGGACUUGUGAAAUUAGUAGACACAUGUACCGAGGACAUACUUGAAAAACAAUUAUCACAGAAUAUCCCUUCGGUCCUUCGUUUGCUCGAAAAGCCUGCAGAAAUAAAACAAAAACUAGAUCGAUUAAGAAUUGAUGCUUAUGACCUUCCACAGGCUUUUACUAUGUCAGUUUUUCCUAAACCAGGAACUUAUGUUGAGGACAAGUUUCACCCAUUUUUAGAGCAAAGCAUUUCACCGAUUAAGACGCACGAAUUCAUGUAUGUUGCUCUUGAAAUUGAAGACGCCGAUGAUUCCGGUGACCCUGUUUAUAUAUAUGCUAAUGUAACAAGCGAAAACAUGAGAGGUCCAGGGCAGUCUGUUUUAAGUAUUACAUACAAAGUUGACGUUGGAUACCGCAGUGAUGGAUUUAUAACUGUACCGAUAUAUCGUCUGUAUAGAUUUAAACCCAAACAGCCAGAGGAAAUAAAUGCAUUAGUGGUUUAUGACAUUGAACCUAUAGGAUCUGUUCCUAUUGAUGAAAAUUUCCGUCGUGUAAGGCAAAUGCUGAUUGAAGCAUGGUCUUUGAAUGCAACGGAGCGAAAGAGAAUAAUACGUCGUUGUUUAACUAGAUGGCAUCCAGAUAGAAACAUGGAUCAUCGGGAAUAUGCUCAACGGCUCUUCAACUAUAUAAAUGAAAUUGUGGUAAAACUAGAAAACAAUGAGAUAAUUGAUGACACUUUUUCGCAUGACACGGGGAAAAUGCCGCCAGAUAUGUCCCGCUCAUCAUUUGGGUCGGCAAGCUCCGCUACUUACGACAGAGGUUGUAGGUAUGCUGCAGCAUUUCAUAACAACAUGCGCGACUAUAACAGGUCGACACGAACAGGGAACUUUGCACAUCAUCAAGCAGAAAAAGCAGUUGUGCGUCAUGUUGGUGAAGCAAAAAGGUGGCACCGGCAAGCAGUACAUGAUUUUAAAGCUGCCGUGAGUAAUGUUAACACUGGAGAGAAAGAUCAGAGUUUUAACUGGGUGUGUUACAAGUGUCAUCAGGCAUCAGAAAAAGCACUGAAAGCAGCAUGGUUUGCAAAGAAUGCAAAUAGGGCAACCACACGAGAACAUUCUCUAACAGCGAUUGCAAGCGGUCUAGAUGAUGGAGCUUUUCUAGUUGAGGCUAGCAGUUUAGAAGGUAUAACAGGAGAUUACUCAUGCAUGCGAUACCCAGACGCUGUUGCUGGACUCCAUCAGAUACCUUCGGAAGUGUUUGAUCGUACGAAAGCCGAGCAGGCAAUUGAAGUCACAAAGAGAAUACUAGACAUUGCAUCAGAUUUCAUCGCAUAGACUUGAAGAAAUACUGUUUUAUACUACAUUACGAAUAUUACAACGUGACCUAUAUAGUUGUAAAUAUUGCCAAUAAUUUUGCAUCCUAAAUGAAGUUACAUUGAACAUCCGCCAUGCACAUUUGGAUGAAAGCAUAGAUAAAUAACCUUUUUGCAUGCGGUAACUUUGCUUAAUAUUACAUAGCAUACAAGCGGCGUGUGUUUAACCUUUGUGUUAAAUGUGUAAUUAUAUAUAUAAAUUGUAAUUCAUUGGAAGUACCGAUUGUGCGGAUGUCACAGGAUGAGAAAAAUGUGCAGUCUGUUCGGGGCUCUAUUCCGACCAGGUUAACCGGCUGCAAUAUCUCCACUCUUCUAGUUAUUAAGUUGUAUACUUUGACAUGGACAGCAAAGUUUCAGUAAUAUAAGAUAUAUAACAGACGUUACUAAAGUAAUGACGCGACGUAAUUUUGACGUUAUUUGUCUCAAAGGGGUAUAAUUAAUAUUGUUUUUUGAUUAUUUAGAAUUUAACUGUCACUGUAGUCUGUUGAGGUUUGGUUUUUAAAGCAUUUUAUGAAAUAAUUUUCUUUCACUAGCUGAACUUAGCUGAAGUACUAUCUAAUUUCAUUUUAAAAAAUGGAACAUUUGAAUCUUUGGACCUUUAUUACUGCAAAUAUCUAUAUGGUUACUUGGUGGAAUUUGUCUAGUUGAAGGGUAUUUUAUUUGUUGUGCGUGAAUAGUUCUUCUUCAUCUUAAUUUAUCGCCAGUUUGGCCGAUAUAAUAUUCUUCACAUCCGUUGCAGGUGAUUACAUACAGUAGAUUUUUACAUCACAGGACAUAUUUUCAUUUACAUAAAACGUUUUGCCGUUAAAGUUGUAGCAAUUGCUUUCUUUUAUAUGUUUGCAUAAACUACAGUUUGGUCUUUUGCAAUUUGUAACAGUAAAUUUUCCGCUUUUAUCAGACUUUAUUGUAAAUCUAGCUUUUGUCAAUAGUUUUUUAAGGUUUGGUGGUUGCCGUUUGCUUUUGAUAAAUUUUGAAUUUGCGAGUACCUUUUUCAUUUUGGUGUCUGACAUUUUAUAGGUAAAUUAUUUGUGAUAAUUGUAUAUAGUUUUUAGGGUUGAAUGUAGACACGUAAGUAUUGUGUUUUUAUGUGGUUUGAUUUGUGUUUUAUGUAGUGUCUCUCUUGGAAUUUUAGGUGUUUUGCUGAUUCCAUUUUGGAUGAAAGUUUGAGGAUAAUUUCUGUUAAGAAGCGAUGACAUAUUCUUGUAAGCGUAUAUUCCUAAUGUUAGUA